AUGGUACACAUCAGUCGAGUUCAGAAACGCCCCAAAAGCCACCGUCCCAGAAAAGCCGAAGUGACCGACUAUGUCUAUGGCACCCACUUCGCAGCGCAAGAUCUGCCGCACCAUGAAAUGACAGAGAGCGAAAUGCCAGCGAGCGUUGCGUAUCGGUUAAUCAAGGAUGAAUUGAGCCUUGACGGGAAUCCAUUACUGAAUCUGGCGAGCUUCGUCACCACCUACAUGGAAGAUGAAGCCCAGAAUCUCAUGACCGACGCGAUGAGCAAAAACUUCAUCGACUACGAACAAUACCCGCAAACAGCCAACAUCCAGAACCGCUGCAUCAACAUGAUCGCGGACCUGCUACACGCCCCCACCGCCGACAGUCCAGACACCCAAGACGCUAUCGGCACAUCGACCGUCGGAUCCUCGGAGGGUAUCAUGCUAGCCACGCUGGCGAUGAAGAAGCGCUGGCAGAACCGCCGCAAGGACGAGGGCAAGGACUGCACGCGCCCGAAUAUCGUGAUGAAUAGCGCGGUGCAGGUCUGCUGGGAGAAAGCGGCGCGGUAUUUCGACGUUGAGGAGAAAUAUGUCUACUGCUCCGAGAAGCGGUACGUGAUUGACCCCCAAGAAGCAGUCAAUCUGGUGGAUGAGAAUACCAUUGGUAUUUGUGCGAUCUUGGGGACGACGUACACGGGCCAGUAUGAGGACGUCAAAGCCAUCAACGACCUGUUGAUCCGGAAGAAGAUCGAUUGUCCGAUCCACGUAGACGCUGCCAGCGGCGGGUUCGUCGCGCCAUUCGUGAAUCCCUCCCUAGAAUGGGACUUUCGACUGCCAAAGGUCGUGUCUGUCAAUGUCUCCGGCCACAAGUAUGGUCUGGUCUACCCAGGCGUUGGCUGGGUCUUCUGGCGCUCAUCUGAGUACCUCCCCAAAGAGCUCAUCUUCAACGUCAACUACCUCGGCACCGAACAGGCGACCUUCACCCUCAACUUCUCCAAGGGUGCCUCCAACAUCAUCGGACAGUACUACCAGCUCAUCCGGCUCGGCCGGCACGGCUACCGCUCCGUCAUGCAGAACCUAACCCGUACCGCAGACCAUCUCUCCACAGAGCUCCAGAAACUCGGCUUCAUCAUCAUGAGCGACGGCGCGGGCGACGGCCUCCCGCUCGUCGCGUACCGGCUUCCACCCGAUGAAAACCGCCUAUGGGAUGAAUAUGCGCUUGCUCAUGUCCUCCGCCAGCGCGGGUGGGUGAUACCCGCGUACACGAUGGCGCCGCAUAGCAACCACCUCAAGAUGAUGCGGAUCGUGCUCCGGGAGGACUUUAGUAUGGAUCGGUGUGAUGUGCUGGUUGAGGAUAUGAAGAUGGCGAUGAAGAGUCUGGAGGAGAUGGAUCGGUCGAUGAUCGAGCAGUAUAUCCAACACGCUGCUCGCCAUCGGGUUCAUUCACUAGCUGAAAAACCCGAUCAUCCGGUUUACCCGGGCGAGAAGCACUCGCUUCAAGGGAGAACGGGAAAGACUCAUGCGUACAGUAGGCAGGAGGGCGAAGCAUAUGUCAACACUAUGGAGUUGUGGACGCUAUUUGGGCUGUUAGCUGCCACCAGCCAUGUACAGGCGAAAGCCGUAUUCGCUCAUUUCAUGGUAGCCAACGCCAUCAACUUCACGCAAGAAACAUGGACCAACGACAUCUCCGCCGCGCAGGCCGCGCACAUUGACGCCUUCGCCCUGAACCUCGGCUACGGCUUGCAAAACUACGAGCUCAUCCUCGACGACGCCUUCACCGUCGCCCACCAGCACAACUUCAAGAUGUUCCUCUCCUUCGACAUGGGCCAGGCACCCCAGUGGCCCGCCGACGAGAUCGUCCACGUAAUCGACAACUACGUCACUGGCAGCGCAUACUACAAGCACCACGACGACAAGCCGCUCGUCUCGACCUUCGAGGGCGGCCAGAGCGCCGACGUCUGGAAGGAUGUCAGGCACAACGCUCAGUCGGAGUUCUUCUUCGUCCCCGAGUGGUCCUCACUGGGGAUUGAGGCGGCAUCCAGCAGCCCCGUCAUCGACGGCCUGAUGAGCUGGGAUGCGUGGCCGGCCGGCGCGCACGAUAUGAACACCACGCUGGACGAGGAGUACAUCGCGGCGCUGGACGGCCGGCCCUACAUCAUGCCCGUCUCGCCGUGGUUCUACACCAACCUGCCCAUAUUCAACAAGAACUGGGCCUGGCGCGGGGACGAUCUCUGGUUCGACCGGUGGCAGCAGGUGCUCCAGCUGGCGCCCGAGUACGUGGAGAUCAUCACCUGGAACGACUACGGCGAGUCGCACUACGUCGGGCCCAUGCACGAGGACGACCUAGGGAUUUUCGCUGUGGGCGAUGCCCCCUUCAACUAUGCCGAUGGGAUGCCGCACGAUGGCUGGCGGGAGUUUCUGCCGUACGUCAUUGAUUUGUAUAAGAGCGGGAAAAAUGCAAGUUUUGACAAGGAGGGGGUGGUCUCGUGGUACCGGCUCAAUCCGGGCUCUGCGUGUUUGAGUGGGAAGACCACGCCGGGCCAGCUGGCUGCUGAGGGGACGAACACGACCAGCCCGAGAACCAUCAUGCAGGACAGGAUCUUCUACUCGGCGUUGCUGGAGUCGGCGGCCGACGUGACCGUGAGUGUUGGCGGGGCCAACAAGACGGGGAGCUGGGCGGAUACCCCCAGUGGGGAGAAAGGGCUGUAUCAUGGGAGUGUGCCCAUCGAUGGGAACACAGGGGGAGUUGUGGUGACCGUGUCACGGUCUGGCGAGCUGAUUGCCCAGAUGAAGGGCCAGGCCAUCACUACCGACUGUGGGAAGAAUCACGGAUACAACAACUGGAAUGCGUGGGUGGGGAGUGCAAUGGGCGAGAAGAAUGUGACAUCGAAAACGACUUCAGCUGAUGACAAGAAAAAUGGCUCGCAAAGAUCGAGACCGGCGAUGACAUUGCUGAUGAGCUUGGUCUUGUUGGCGCUAGUGUGA